ACAAGCCAAACUAAACCUACAUUGCCUUAAUACUCAUCGACUCAACACACUCAACCAAAACACACGAAGAAAAAAAAGUCGAUCGCCAUGGACGCCGCGAAGCUAAGCCAGUUGAAGCAUUUCGUCGAACAGUGCAAGUCCGACCCUUCUAUUCUCGAUGAUCCUUCUCUCUCCUUCUUCCGCGACUACAUCGAGAGUCUUGGCGGGAACAUACCUUCUUCUGCUUCCGAUCAUGGCGGCGAUUCCAAAUCGAGGAGUUAUGUGGUGGAAGAGAGCGAUGAUGAUGUAGAAGAAGAAAGCGGCGCAAAGGGGAAUGUAGAUUUAGAGGAGGAGGAAGAGGAUGAUGAAAUAGUCGAGUCUGAUAUUGAGCUUGAGGGAGAUGUUGUUGAGCCUGAUAACGAUCCUCCACAAAAGAUGGGAGACCAAUCGGUUGAGGUCACCGAUGAUAAUCGUGAUGCCUCGCAGACGGAGAAGGCCAAAGCUAUGGAAGCCAUUUCCGAAGGGAAAUUGGAGGAAGCAAUAAAGCAUCUUACUGAGGCCAUUUUGCUCAAUCCAUUAUCUGCAAUUAUGUAUGGAACGAGAGCUAGUGUUUACAUCAAGAUGAAGAAACCCAAUGCUGCUAUUCGCGAUGCCACUGCUGCUCUGGAGAUUAAUCCUGACUCUGCCAAAGGCUACAAGUCUCGUGGCAUAGCUCUAUCAAUGCUUGGCCAGUGGGAAGAGGCAGCAAAGGAUCUCCAUUUGGCGUCAAAGCUAGAUUAUGAUGAAGAAAUAAAGGAUGUUCUUAAAAAGGUUGAGCCAAAUGUUCACAAGAUUGAGGAGCACCGUCGUAAAUAUGAAAGGCUGCAUAAAGAGAGAGAAGAAAAAAAGAUUGAACGUGAGAGGCGACGUCGCCGUGCUGAAGCUCAGGCUGCAUAUGAGAAGGCCAAGAAGCAAGAAGAAUCAUCUUCUAGUAGAAGACCUGGUGGCAUGCCUGGUGGUUUUCCAGGUGGUAUGCCGGGAUUCCCUGGUGGUAUGCCCGGAUUUGGAGGUAUGCCCGGAUUUGGAGGCAUGCCUGGAUUUGGAGGCAUGCCCGGAGGUAUGCCUGGAGCUGGAGGCAUGCCUGGAGCCGGAGGCAUGCCCGGUGCCGGAGGUAUGCCCGGAGCUGGAGGAAUGCCCGGAGCUGGAGGUAUGCCUGGAGCCGGAGGGGUGCCUGGAAACGUUGACUUUAGCAAAAUUUUGAAUGAUCCUGAACUGAUGGCGGCUUUUAGCGACCCUGAAGUCAUGGCUGCUCUUCAAGACGUGAUGAAGAACCCUGCUAAUCUUGCAAAGCAUCAAUCUAAUCCCAAGGUGGCACCCAUUAUCUCCAAGAUGAUGGGCAAAUUUGGAGGUGCACCCAAGUAGAGAAAGACAACACAAAACUUUAGGAGUGGUAUAGCUGUUGAAGAAAAAGAUGUAAAUGUGGCCUUUCGAGAUGGAGAUUCACAUCACAUGAUCAAACCAACCCUUUGUAACUUUUCUAAUUUAUUUUGUCGUCAUUGUCUUCUGGUUUAUAAUAGCCUUUUUCUUUUUUGGGUUAUUGGGCGGCGUUUUAUUAUGCCUUACCAAUCAAAGGAUGUCUAAACUCUUCUGGUCUUGAGGUUCUUAGUAGUGAACGUUUCAUAUAAUGAAUUCAAAAACUCAAUAAACUCAAUCUGCCCCA